ACGUUUUUGGGUGUGCGUGUGUGCGUGCGCGCGCGUAUAUAACUGUGAGUGCGUGCACGCGUGCAAAUUUGUAUUUGUUUAGUGAAGAGCUCGCCCCCCUGAUGGGUGUCUGUACAACUUACUAUCCCCCGCUAUUGGCUUCUUCCUUUCUCUUUUCCCGACGCGUUUUGGUGGCAGGAGCCAAUAACCUGCCGGCACACGCACGCUGCGCACGCACGAAGUCGGACUUUCGUAGAAUAUUUUGAAGCACCUCAUGCCAAAGUGGGUUGGAAGCUUUCCUUGUAUUCGUCUUUGCGUCUUGUGCAGUUGGAGCAGCUGGAGUUCUCAUCCGGACUUGAUGGAUGCUUUCAUGGGAGCGAUGUGUGGUGUUUGGACUUGAACUGUUCUUUUGUUUUCGUAGCGCAUUUUCCCCCCCGCAGUUUACUUCAGGAUCCUUUUGCCACGCAAACGACGAAGUGAUGCUUUGAGGAAAGCCAUUCAACAUAUUUCGUACCUUUUUCUUCUUUGGGACACACCAUUUAAUCCUCCGAAAAUGAUUGAAAGAGGCUCAAAAAUGCGCGCAAGUUUCCCCUCUUCAUAUUCAAGGCAGAGAGGACGACAAACAAUCCAACAACAAAGGCACCUUUUAUAAAGGUUUAUUUUAGAAUUGUUUUGUUUAGCCCGGAAGAAAUUUGCAUCGUCUUUGCUUUUUUUUUCUUUUAUAGAAGGAUGCAAGAAUUGCAAUUUUCCCUUUGAAUUAAUACAUUUUGCUUAUAUUUUAUUUUGGGGUGAGUUCCCCUCACAUCAAUCCAAGAAACAUGUUGAAUAUCUUUGUGCCGCUGUCCGUGGUGUUCCUUUUAAUAGUUGCCGACAGCCGAGUCGUAGAGGGAUUGCAGAGAUAUACUUCGAUCCCCACAUAUCUACCAGUCACCUACCAGAUGCUCAACACUGACUUGGCUUUCUUUCUAAAGGAAAACAACCAAGACUUCAUGAGGAACUCUAGCCAGAUGUCACGCACCGAGUCUUUCUUCAUCUACCAGGCCAGGAGUUUGCCCUCAGUCAACUCCAGCUAUGGGCCACUUUCUGUGGAGCAACCGGUCCCCAUAGAACUUCUGCAGAAUCCAGGCUCCUUUCCCGCCUCUUCACUUUUUACGGUUAAUUGGAAGGUUCAGACUUUUAUCAUGAAUACCAAGAUCCACCUGGCUAAGCCCAAAGUUCAGGUUCUAUUUUACAUUGCAGGCAGGGACUGGGAUGACUACAGUGCCAUUAACAAGCUUCCCUGUGUCCACAUGUUUGCGUUUCAUGAGACCCAAGAGGUACACGGCACCUGCCAGCUAAAGGGGGAGCUGGGGCUUUGCGUGGCUGAACUGGAACCCUUGGCCAGCUGGUUCAGCCCCCCAAGUGUCGUGCCAGGACGGCAAAAGAAACUGGAAGCAUCUGAGGGAACCCCAGUGGAGCUCUACUACAUCCUGCAAUCCACAGAGAGAGGAGAGUGCCAUUCAGAGGAGGUCAAGAAGGAAAAUUUCCUCCACUCAAGCCAGGAAGGGCACUUUGGUUCUUAUACUUCCACGCCUUUAAGAAGGAUCGGCGGUGUGAGGCUCUACCAGAAUUCCAUUCCACUCCAAUUGGCUGAACACAGACUGGAUCAUAAUUUUAUGGUUUUGGUGCCUGCCACACCCGUCAGUCGGAGAGAAACUGUCUCAGCCUAUGUCACCGUGUCAGCCUAUUCUGAUGUGGAGAUGUUCACUCUCAGAGUGAAAUUGAGAGAAGGAGUGAUGUUCCUCGGGGCACGUCCCAGUAAUCCCACACAGUGGAUGGUAAACCAGGAUGCGAGGAGUGAAGGACACCGAGUUGUGACCAUCCGUUGCCACAGGAAGGAGUCCAGCUUCGAUCUGGAGAGGGAGGACAUGGGAGUCCAGAGGGUGUUGCAAGUGGAUCUGAAAAUUGAGAGUUUCCCAGAGCUGCCGGGUAGCCGCUGGAUGGCGUGGCAGGUGGAAUACCCGGCCAGUCGCUCUGCCACGCAGGACGCUGACACUGAGAUCCGACUGGCACAAGAGGAUGUGGCAGGCAUCGUGCCCUUGGCCAUGAAUACUGAUAUUUUAAACACAGCAGUCCUGACCGGAAAGACUGUUGCUGUUCCUGUGAAGGUGGUAACCAUCGGAAUAGACGCUUCCGUUACUGAUGUCUCUGAAGCAGUGGAGUGUCGCACCACAGAUGAAGACGUGGUCAAGGUGUCGGAGAGAUGUGACUAUGUUUUUGUAAAUGGCAAAGAGAUGAAGGGCAAAGUGAAGAUGGCGGUGAUCUUUACCUACGCCUACCUGAGUGCUCAGCUGGAGCUCAACGUGUGGAUCCCUCGGCUUCCCCUCCAAAUUGAAGUGUCUGACACAGAGCUGAGCCAGAUCAAAGGGUGGCGGGUGCCCAUCAUGGCCAGCAGUCCCAGGUCCACACGGGACAGCGAGGAUGACGAUGAUGAAGACAGACGAGGACGAGGCUGCACCCUGCAGUACCAGCAUGCCAUGGUCAGAGUCCUGACUCAAUUUGUUGCUGAAUCCGCCGAUCCCCGAAGCCAGACCAGCUACAUGCUGGGCACCGAUUGGCAGGCGGACAUUACAGAGUUAGUGUGGGAAUUCCUGAAGGUGGACAACCCUCAGAUCGCACAGCUGCUGGACAGACGGAUACUUAUGGGACGCGAUGUGGGAAUGACCACAAUUCAGGUACUGUCUCCUCUGUCAGACUCAAUCUUGGCAGAGAGGACCAUCACGGUGUUAGACGACAAAGUGACCAUCGCAGAGUUGGGGGUCCAGUUAGUCACAGGACUCUCCAUGAGUCUGGAGCUCAGUCCAGGAAGCAACAGAGCCAUCCUCGCUACCACGACCGCACAAGAGGUUCUGCAGAGCCCCAAACAGGAGGCCUUGAUAAGUGCCUGGUUGCAGUUCAGCGACGGUUCUGUGGCUCCUUUAGACCUGUACAACUCAGACUUUUUCAGCCUGACAGCCACAUCCCUGGAUGAGGACGUGGUGACGGUGCAGCAGAACCCUUCGUGGAAAUGGCCUGUCAUUGUGACGGAGGCCGAGGGCCAAGGGCUGCUGGUCAAGGUGGAAAUGACUGUUUGCGAGAUUUGCCAGAAAUUCAAACGGCGUAGUGUCCUGGCGACGGGCAACUGUAACGUCAAGGUGAAGUUUGGUUAUAGUGACAGCUCCAGGGGAGGCAGCAACGAUUACGGCACCGAUGGCGAGGAGAUGGAGAACAGAGGAAGGACGGCCUCACCAGACAGAAUUGGGCUUGACGCCCACUACUAUUACGGCAGCUCAAUAUCUGACAUGGAGCAAGGCAGGGCCACCACUACUGGAAGUGCAAUCAUGCGCAGACCGGAUGGGGAUAAACUCUCAGGUGAUGGGAGUGAGAGGAUGCCGAUAGACUUUUCUGACUUCCCUGCUCAAGUGGACCUGCCCCGUGAGCGCAACAUGGAAGAUGAGCUCAUACGGACUGCUCGUGGUCUCACAGAUCUGGAAAUUGGCAUGUACGCCCUCCUGGGAGUCUUCUGCCUCGCUAUCCUCGUGUUUCUUAUAAACUGCAUCUCCUACACGUUAAAAUACCGCCACAAAGAGCUGUCCAUCGAGGGCCAAGAAAACACGAACCACGCCCACGACUGGGUGUGGCUGGGAAACGAGGUGGAGCUGCUGGAGAGCGAAAUCAGCUUGUCGCCCCAGCAGGAGGAGCAGACUUCCAUGAUAGACUCGAGCAGCGGGCUGGAGGAAGGCAGCCACUUGUUGAACGGGGGCUCGGCGCAGAAGAACAUUCAGAGUCAAGUACACCGGGCAGCCGACACAGGCUGCCUGGCCAGAGAAGGCAAGGGAGAAUCCCCGACAACUAAAAGGAAGCGAGUACAGUUCACCACAUUCACCACCAUGCCCUCGGACAGUAGCUACCCGACUGUUAGCACGCUGACCCGAUGCCACAACCAGGACAUUAAGUGGGUAUGUCAGGACGUUGCCCUCGUCGACUCCAAGGAGUUACGCAAUUACAUGGAGCGGUUAAAUGACAGUGCUUUAAAAGAGGUGGCAUAAUAAACAGAUGCAACUCAUCACAACUCACCCUUUUGCCUUUCAGGGGAAAGUGGGUCUGGAUUUCAAGUGAACGUAGACAUUUUGAUUGAGAAUCAUAUACAACCUGCCAAAGGCUCAACGACAUCAAAGCUUGUCAUUUUGCCGCAAAUGUAAAGUGGCACAUGACAAAUACGUCAUUGAAUGAGGACUCGGUGGUAUACAUAUUUUUUUCCUUUGGUUCCUCAGUUUUUUUGUUAUCUCAUGACAGGAGUAGUAACUUUCCCAAGUCAUGAUCUGCUGCCGAUAAAGCUGUGAAAUUCAGAUGGCACGUAGAAUUUAAAAGAAACCAUAGAUGUUCCGUGUUGAUGCACAUUAAACAGUUUUGCAGCAUUGUGUAA